AUGAUAACCACGAAGCGGGACGAGGUGUUCAUCACAGGCGAUGGCCGCGAAGUGUUCGUGUGUGACAAGGUACGCUUCCUAUUGCUUUGGACAAGAGGAACUCUACUUUCCAAGCAUGCGCUGACCGAGUAUUCAUCACAGGCCUGCCGCACGGCAGAGAUCAUAAAGUGGAGCAUCUUCCUCGGGCUCAUGGGUAUCAUCUUCAUCUACUUCACAGUCGGGUACUGGCACGCGCGGCGGCGCAUACGCAAGGGCCUGCAGCCGUUGAGAUAUCACAGAUGGCUUGCUCCAAAGCCCUUCCGCCAGCAAAACAACGCUGCGUACUACAAUCCGCAGAACGGAACGUACGGAAUGUACCCGUACCCGGAGCCUCCACCGGUGUACAAUCCUAACGGUAUGCCGCCAAUGUACGCUCCACCUCUGGGAGGAUCGAAGGUAGCGCCGCAGCAGAAUGGUGUCGUACCAGCUGCUGCACCGCAGACAACGCCGCAGCAGCCCCCACCUGCAUUGUGA